AUGGUUGCUAAGCAAGUGCAAGGGAGGGCAGGGCUAAGGGCAUUGAGCAGGGAGCACACGAAUGUGGUGCACACUGGCACGAAUGUGGUGCACAGUGGCACGAAUGUGGUGCACAGUGGCACGAAUGUGGUGCACACUGGCACGAAUGUGGUGCACAGUGGCACGAAUGUGGUGCACACUGGCACGAAUGUGGUGCACAGUGGCACGAAUGUGGUGCACACUGGCACGAAUGUGGUGCACACUGGCACGAAUGUGGUGCACAGUGGCACGAAUGUGGUGCACACUGGCACGAAUGUGGUGCACAGUGGCACGAAUGUGGUGCACACUGGCACGAAUGUGGUGCACACUGGCACGAAUGUGGUGCACAGUGGCACGAAUGUGGUGCACACUGGCACGAAUGUGGUGCACAGUGGCACGAAUGUGGUGCACACUAGCACGAAUGUGGUGCACACUGGCACGAAUGUGGUGCACAGUGGCACGAAUGUGGUGCACAGUGGCACUAAUGUGGUGCACACUGGCACGAAUGUGGUGCACACUGGCACGAAUGUGGUGCACACUGGCACGAAUGUGGUGCACACUGGCACGAAUGUGGUGCACAGUGGCACGAAUGUGGUGCACACUGGCACGAAUGUGGUGCACACUGGCACGAAUGUGGUGCACACUGGCACGAAUGUGGUGCACACUGGCACGAAUGUGGUGCACAGUGGCACGAAUGUGGUGCACACUGGCACGAAUGUGGUGCACAGUGGCACGAAUGUGGUGCACAGUGGCACGAAUGUGGUGCACAGUGGCACGAAUGUGGUGCACACUGGCACGAAUGUGGUGCACAGUGGCACGAAUGUGGUGCACAGUGGCACGAAUGUGGUGCACAGUGGCACGAAUGUGGUGCACAGUGGCACGAAUGUGGUGCACAGUGGCACGAAUGUGGUGCACAGUGGCACGAAUGUGGUGCACAGUGGAACGAAUGUGGUGCACACUGGCACGAAUGUGGUGCACAGUGGAACGAAUGUGGUGCACACUGGCACGAAUGUGGUGCACACUGGCACGAAUGUGGUGCACACUGGCACGAAUGUGGUGCACACUGGCACGAAUGUGGUGCACAGUGGCACGAAUGUGGUGCGCACUGGCACGAAUGUGGUGCACACUGGCACGAAUGUGGUGCACAGUGGCACGAAUGUCGCCAGCAGCACUCACUCAGCAGGUCGCCAGCAGCACUCACUCAGCAGGUCGCGUGCCGCCGCAGAGAGGCCGACGUGCACCGCAGCGUCCACAGGCCGCCCAUCCGCCCCCUCGCCCGCUGCUGCACCCGCAGCAGCAGCAGCAGCAGCAGCAUCGCCACGCGGGUCAGGCAUGGCGAGUAGCGCAGCGGGGCAGGUGUGCGCCAGCAGGCGCAUGCUGGCAGGCGUCCUGCAGAGGGGGGGAGCAGAUGGAGGGGCGAGCGGAGGCAUGAGGGUUGGCCGUGGGGAGGCGUCAGGGAAGGAAGUGUUUCAAUGCCCUUAUGAACAACCACUGGCUCUCCACCUCAGAGGUUAUUUAACUUGGAGGGUUGACCCAGUUCACGGAGGAAGGUUGACCCAGUUCACGGAGGAAGGUUGA